AGGCUCAUGAGAGACUAGAAGAUUCAAAACUAGAAGCGGUCAGUGACAAUAACUUGGAAUUAGUCAAUGAAAUUCUUGAAGAUAUCACUCCUCUAAUAAAUGUGGAUGAAAAUGUGGCAGAACUGGUUGGUAUACUCAAAGAGCCUCACUUCCAGUCACUCUUGGAGGCCCAUGAUAUUGUGGCAUCAAAGUGUUAUGAUUCACCUCCAUCAAGCCCAGAAAUGAAUAAUUCUUCUAUCAAUAAUCAGUUAUUACCAGUAGAUGCCAUUCGUAUUCUUGGAAUUCACAAAAGAGCUGGGGAACCAUUGGGUGUAACAUUUAGAGUUGAAAAUAAUGAUUUGGUAAUCGCCCGAAUCCUUCAUGGAGGAAUGAUAGAUCGACAAGGUCUGCUUCAUGUGGGAGAUAUCAUUAAAGAAGUCAAUGGCCAUGAGGUUGGAAACAAUCCAAAGGAAUUACAAGAAUUACUGAAAAAUAUUAGUGGAAGUGUCACCCUAAAAAUCUUACCAAGUUAUAGAGAUACCAUUACUCCUCAACAGGUAUUUGUGAAGUGUCAUUUUGAUUACAAUCCAUACAAUGAUAACUUGAUACCCUGCAAAGAAGCAGGAUUGAAGUUUUCCAAAGGAGAAAUUCUUCAGAUUGUAAACAGAGAAGAUCCAAAUUGGUGGCAGGCUAGCCAUGUAAAAGAGGGAGGAAGCGCUGGUCUCAUUCCAAGCCAGUUCCUGGAGGAGAAGAGAAAGGCAUUUGUUAGAAGAGACUGGGACAACUCAGGACCUUUUUGUGGAACUAUAAGUAGCAAAAAAAAGAAAAAGAUGAUGUAUCUCACAACCAGGAAUGCAGAAUUUGAUCGUCAUGAAAUCCAGAUUUAUGAGGAAGUAGCCAAAAUGCCUCCAUUUCAGAGAAAAACAUUAGUUUUGAUAGGAGCUCAAGGUGUGGGCCGAAGAAGCUUGAAAAACAGGUUCAUAGUAUUGAAUCCCACUAGAUUUGGAACCACAGUGCCAUUUACUUCACGAAAACCAAGGGAAGAUGAAAAAGAUGGGCAGGCAUAUAAAUUUGUGUCACGAUCUGAGAUGGAAGCAGAUAUUAAAGCUGGAAAGUAUUUGGAACAUGGGGAAUAUGAAGGAAAUCUCUAUGGAACCAAGAUUGAUUCUAUUCUUGAAGUUGUCCAGACUGGACGAACUUGCAUUUUGGAUGUCAACCCACAAGCACUGAAAGUGUUGAGGACAUCAGAGUUCAUGCCCUAUGUGGUAUUUAUUGCUGCUCCAGAGCUAGAGACUUUACGUGCCAUGCACAAGGCUGUGGUGGAUGCAGGAAUCACUACCAAACUUUUAACGGACUCUGACUUGAAGAAAACAGUGGACGAAAGUGCACGAAUUCAGAGAGCAUACAACCACUAUUUUGAUUUGAUCAUCGUAAAUGACAAUCUAGACAAAGCCUUUGAGACACUACAAACUGCCAUUGAGAAUCUGAGAAUGGAACCACAGUGGGUCCCAAUCAGCUGGGUUUACUGAUAAUUCAGUAAGGUUAACAAUUAAAAUAAAACUUUUAAAAAGUGACUGUAAGAAAUAAACCUUCUACUGAGAAAAUACAUGCACAGAUAGAAGAUAUUUGCCAAGUCUAGGCAUUUUUUUGUGUAGAUUGAGAUACCAGUACACUAUUCUGAAUUUUUAUAUAAAAUGUGGUUGGGAGGUGUACUAAUAUAUAAUUUAUCUUAAUUUUUCUAACUUUUUAUGGAUAAUCUUUUUAUUCAUAUCACAUAAAGAAAUGCGUUGAAGCA